UUAUUGGCUAGUAACAAACAACUGUCACGAAUUAUGUGGUUCGCAAUAAAGUCUCUUAUUCGACUUUGAUAUGACAUUUCUCAUUUGGAGCUUUGAAAUAAACACAGAAUGGACGAAAAAGGAGGAUACUUUGAAAUGUAAGAGUCAAACCUUCAUAAUUAUGUAAUUCUGUAUAUGUUCAUAUGAAAUAUAUCACAAUAUGAUUGGAUUUCAUGGUAAACUAAUAGAAACAUGUUAUCUAUCCAAUCAACUUUUAAGUAAAUUCUAAUCAAUUGUAAAAUAAUGACCUUGUCCUAAAACAUUUACAGUUUUUGACUUUCUAAUCAGUUGUUUUUCGAAUAAAAAUAUAGGCAAAUACUAACAUUGUGUUAUAAAAAUCAAAACUUUGAUAUUUUCACUAGUUUUUAUUAGUGUAUUUAUAAAAUGUCAAAUGAAAAGCAUGAGGUUUUCAGUAUUCCCGUAAAUUGCGAAAACCGUACAUUUGAGAAACAAAGACGUGAUUUGCUAAGAACCUUGGAGCAUAGGAAUGGUGAUGGUUCUAUUGAAUUAUAUACUGAUGAAUGGCCGAAUGAAUUAAAUGGUUGGAUUGAUUCGUCAUGGAAAAGCUGGAAUGAUCGAAUUCGACGUUUGAAACAAGGAAUGUUUACACUCUUGCCUCUAAGUACAUAUGGUCUCGUGGGGACCUGUGACCCUAUUUUGCUUAUGGAUCAAAUGGAGCGUCAAAUGCAAGACAUACGGGACCAGAUUCGUGAUGAUGAAAUACAUUCGACAGGCUCGAUAAACGAUUAUCUUAAGAAUGCCUAUGAAAUAGGUGAAGAUGGGAAAGUGCACUUUCAAGUGUGUUUUGAUGCGAAGGGCUUUGAACCCGAAGAUAUCGAGGUGACAUCGACUGACGACUACAUUAAAGUACAAGCCAAGAAGGAGAUAAAGACGGAAGAUUCCAGUUGUAGUCGUGAAUUUUGUCGCAUAAUUGAACUCCCUAAAUCGAUCGACCGCAACCAGUUGAAUUGUAGUCUAACCAGCGACGGUGUCUUAAAGCUUGGAGCCCCAGCUAGUGUACCCGACUAUCAAUCACUCACAUUUAAUGAUAACGGUCAGAUUGCCAUUCGGCCUAAGUCACAUAAUCAAGUUCAAAAUGCUCACAAACUGGCAGUCAAGGGUGUUAAUGGUUACUCCAUUGUUGACAACCAGAACGGUGGUAAGGAUUUACAUGUUGAAAUAUCAUUGGAUCCAAUUUAUAAACCUGAAGACUUGUGCAUCAGUGUUGAUUCGAACCGAAUUAUGCUUUCGGGUCGUCAUUACAUGAAUGGUGAUCAUUCAGGUUCCUAUACUGAAUUCACUCAUUCAUAUGAAAUUCCGGAAACACUGGACCCAUUAUCUGUUUCUGCUCAAGUGAUUGACAAAACACUGGUUUUGGAAGCACCUCUGAUGAAGUGUCAUAAAGUGGAACAGUAAUAAGAUCUGGAUAAUCUUACUUAUUUAAAUCAAAUAAAAUUUAUCAUUAAAUUUCUAUGUUAUUCAACGUGUAUUUUGUUUACCGUUCAAGGAAAGUGACACAACACUUAACUAGUAUCAUGAAUUUUCAAGUACUGUUGUGAUCAAGGACGUGAAUUACAUUUUGAACUACAAUUUAAUCAAGACACAUUUUAAAGGAACUCCCUUUAGUUAGUCAGAGCUUGUGAUAAGCAUACUACAUCGUAUAUGUCUAAAAGAUUAUACAAAAAAGAAGAUGAAAUACAUAUCACAACUAAAUGCAGUCUUUGUAGUUAUUAUAUUCAAACGAAUGUGAUAAAUGAGUAAAAUGCCACAAAAUGGGUAAUACAAAAUACUUCCUCAAAUUAGAUGCUUAUUGGAAUUCAUGAACUACAAAUUACUUGUCUAGAAUCCUAUAAACUAUAUCUUUAUCCUCAAAUAGUGUUCGGAGUCAGAGUACAACUAAACUUUUAUGAUAAAAACAACUCUAGUUUGUUGAGUGGGUUUCAAACUUUACGAAAGAGCAAAUUUUUAACCAUAUAGUUAGUAAAAAUUGGGAUUGUUUCGAAAAUUCAGCUGUCUGUACUGACGUAAACCAAGUAAAGUUAUUCGCUUUAAACAAAUAAAUACAUUUUCAAUACUUAAAUGUGAUCAGUCUAGUUGGGGAGCACUAUUACUGAGCGUUAGUGCCUUAAACCGACGUCUUUUAGUGCUGAAUAUCUUGAGGUAAUUCUUGUUAAUAUUGAUGUAUUGGGUUAUUCACUUGUUUCGUACAAACUGGUUUUUACUAUCUAUUAUAUAGACCU